CUGAGCAGGAACCUGCAGCGCUUUUCUUGUUGCUCGUCUGCGAUGGGAACGGUCUCAGAAGGGAUGGCAUGUGCACGGCAGCUGGCGGAAAAGAGGAGUCUAAAGCCUACCCCUGGCACUACGAGCACCAUGCCACAGACAGCACGUUCAUCAGAACCUCAGCUCUGAGAGGACAGAGGAUGACAGGAGGUACGAGGAGAAACGCAGGGAUGGGAAAUAGACUGGGGUUUUAUAUGAGGCUGCUGGCAGCGAGUGUGCUUCUGGGAGCUGAUCUGAGUUGGCUGGGCCUGAAAGACCGGGUUGGGGUCAACGCCCAGAACAAUGAGAGGAGGGUGUUGGCACACAUCCCUGGGGACAUCAUUAUAGGAGCUUUGUUCUCUGUCCACCACCAACCACCUGCAGACAAGGUCCACGAGCGAAAGUGCGGUGCAGUGCGGGAGCAGUAUGGGAUCCAGAGAGUGGAGGCCAUGAUGCACACGCUGGAUCGAAUUAAUGCGGACCCCACUAUCCUCCCCAAUAUCACCCUGGGCUGCGAGAUCAGGGACUCAUGCUGGCACUCUGCAGUGGCACUGGAGCAGAGUAUUGAGUUCAUUCGGGACACUCUGGUGUCCAGCGAAGAGGAGGAGAGCCAGGGCAGGUGCGCCGCGGAAGCGGGGAGCUUGCUGCUUCCGGGGAAGAGGCCCAUUGUGGGUCUGAUUGGACCAGGAUCCAGCUCUGUGGCCAUCCAGGUGCAAAAUCUCCUUCAGCUCUUCAACAUCCCACAGAUAGCCUACUCAGCCACUAGCAUGGAUCUCAGUGACAAGAGCCUGUAUAAAUAUUUCAUGAGGGUAGUGCCAUCAGAUAUGCAACAGGCCAGAGCCAUGGUGGACAUUGUCAAGAGAUACAACUGGAGCUACGUGUCUGCAAUACACACAGAGGGUAAUUAUGGGGAGAGCGGUAUGGAGGCAUUUAAAGACAUGGCAGCAAAGGAGGGAAUCUGCAUCGCCCACUCCGACAAGAUAUACAGCAACGCCGGGGAACAGAGCUUCGAUAAGCUGCUGCAGAAACUGCGAGGCCAUCUGCCUAAAGCCAGGGUGGUGGCCUGCUUCUGCGAGGGCAUGACGGUCCGAGGCAUACUGAUGGCCAUGAGACGACAGCGCCUGGUGGGAGAGUUUCUGCUGGUGGGGAGCGAUGGCUGGGCAGACAGGUACGAUGUGACCGAUGGCUACCAGAAGGAGGCAGCUGGUGGAAUCACUAUAAAGUUAAAGUCGGCAUAUGUGACCUGGUUCGACGAUUAUUACCUGAACCUGAAGCCCGAUGCCAACGUGAGGAACCCCUGGUUCCCCGAGUUCUGGCAGCACCGCUUCCAGUGCAGGUUGAGGGGACAUCCGCAGGAGAGCACCAUGUACAACCGCACCUGCACCUGGAGAGAGUCUCUGCGCCAUCAGUAUGCCCAAGACACCAAGAUGGGCUUUGUCAUAAACGCCAUCUAUUCCAUGGCUUACGGCCUCCAUGCAAUGCAGCAAGCCCUCUGUCCAGGAUAUAAGGGUUUAUGUGAGACCAUGCGGCCCAUUGAUGGCCGCAAGCUGCUGGAUUUCCUGAUGCAAACCAACUUUACUGGCGUAUCUGGGGAGACCAUCCACUUUGACCAGAAUGGAGACUCGCCUGGCAGGUAUGAAAUCAUGAACUUCAAGUACAUAGGCGAGGAUGAGUAUGCUUACAUCCACGUGGGAAGCUGGGAUCAGGGUGGCUUAAAGAUGAACGAUGAGGAGAUCUGGAGUCACAACAGCGACUUCAUCCAGUCAGUCUGCUCUGAGCCCUGCCAGAAAGCACAGAUCAAGGUGAUCCGUAAAGGAGAGGUGAGCUGCUGUUGGACCUGUACUCCCUGCAAGGAGAAUGAGUUUGUGUUUGAUGAGUACACCUGUCGAGCCUGUGUCCUGGGCUUCUGGCCUACAGAUGACCUCACUGGUUGUGAGCCAAUCCCGGUGCAGUAUGUGCGUUGGGGGGACCCAGAGCCCAUUGCUGCAGUGGUCUUCGCCUGUCUGGGCCUCAUGGCUACACUUUUUGUUACUUCUGUCUUUAUCAAAUUUUGGGACACUCCUGUUGUCAAGUCAUCCAGUCGUGAGCUCUGCUACAUCAUCCUGGCUGGAAUAUGUCUGAGCUACCUGUGCACCUUCAGCCUUAUCGCCAAGCCCCACAUAAUCUACUGCUAUCUCCAGCGGCUGGGAAUCGGCCUGUCCCCUGCAAUGAGCUACUCCGCUUUGGUCACCAAGACCAAUCGUAUAGCACGGAUCCUGGCAGGCAGCAAGAAGAAAAUCUGCACCAAGAAACCUCGCUUUAUGUCCGCCUGCGCACAAUUGGUCAUUGCCUUCCUACUCAUACUGCUACAGCUGGGGAUUAUUGUGGCACUUCUUAUCAUAGAGCCACCACAGGUCAUCUACGACUACCCCAGUAUCCGUGAGGUACACUUGAUCUGUAAUCUGACCACUCUGGGGGUGGUGGCACCACUGGGCUACAAUGGCCUUCUUAUCCUCAGCUGCACCUUCUACGCCUUCAAGACUCGUAAUGUACCAGCCAAUUUUAAUGAGGCCAAGUAUAUUGCCUUUACCAUGUACACCACCUGUAUCAUCUGGCUGGCCUUUGUUCCUAUUUACUUUGGCUCCAACUACAAGAUCAUAACCAUGUGCUUUAGUGUCAGCCUCAGUGCCACAGUGGCUCUCUGCUGCAUGUUUGUCCCAAAGGUUUACAUCAUGCUCGCCAAGCCUGAGAAAAACGUCCGGAGUGCUUUCACAACAUCCACAGUGGUCCGCAUGCAUGUGGGCGAUGCCAAAAAAGCUGCCAAGUCUGGCAAGUCCUCUAGCAGCAUGGCCAAUUUGUUUCGACGUCGUGGCUCUGCACAGGAUGACAUCAGUUCCAAUGGGAAAUCAAUGACUUGGGCGCAGAAUGAGCGCAGCCACAGACCGAACCUAUGGAAGAGGAUGUCAUUCCACGUCAAGAAAAAAGAUACAGUGGAGGCAAACCAGACAGCCAUCAUCAAACCCUUCUCUAAAGGAGGAGAUAUACCUGCGGAAAGUGCUGUCGAAGAGCAGUAUGAAGAGCCACAGGUGUCUCAGCCCUUCAACGGCACGCCUUCUCAGUCACCUCUGUCCACCAUCAGCCAGCAUGCAGCGAAGGCCAGGGGUCUCCAGGGAGGAGAGGAUGGAGAGGAGCCACAAGCUUUUGCCACUUACAUAACCGAGCACGCCGCUGGGGUCAGAAGAGGAGGUGGGGACAAUGGCCAAGGUGGUGGUAUGGUGGAUGGUGGCGACAUUAGCGUCAUACCUGUAGGUGUGGAGGACAUCGGCAUAGGGAUGAUUGGCGGUCAAACCCAAGGCACCACCAUCAUGGACCAGAUCAGCUGCGUGGUUAACCGUUUCACUGCCAACAUCAGCGAGCUCAACACCAUGAUGCUGCCAGGGGGAGCCACUGCCAGCCACACCUCCAUCACCGCUCUGCCUGCAGCUGCAGAUGCCGCGCCCUGCCCUCCUCAGUACCUCACAUCCAGGAGCAGACAGGCCCUCUCCACUGUCACCACGUAUGCCGAGGUGGCGGGUGUUCCCAAUUUCUGCGAGAAUCGACCAGCGGGUAAAAUUUAUGAGCACCUGGCCGGGACUUGCGUGGGUAGCAGACGAGCCAAGGAUAUGGAGGAGCUGGUGGCUCUGACUCCUCCAUCCCCUUUUAGAGACUCAUCUCUGAGCUCCAAUGGCAGCUCACCCCCCUCGCUGUCCCCGGCCUCUGAAGCCGAAUACGACCAGCUGUUGCUGAGACACUACAGCCAGAGCUCUUCCUCUCUCUAAACCUGCUCUCUCUAUACCAUUUUUUCCUCGUUUGUCCUCUAGUCGGAAUAAUUUAAACUCCUAGAGACAAAGCCUCAGACUGGACCAAACUCUUGGAUGCCUUUCUACAUGUGGAUAUCCUGAAAGUUUAAGCAGUUUUUUAAAUGUAUUUUCAUUUUUUAGAUUGAUU